UGGCUGCGCGGGAGCUGCGUUCUUGCUUUGUGUGAGCUGGUAGAUCAGCCCUGUAGGGAUGAAAACUUUUCCCAGAAAAUUUACAUAAAAGGAUCCUUUGCAUAUUUACUCAGAGGAAAGACCCACUCUGUUUAGCGGUGCUGAUCCUGGGGAGAGCGCCUUUGAUCUUUGAAGAGUACGGAUAACCCAGUUGCCUUGUUUCAGCAGCUGCAAUGCAUGAGCCCAUGCAGUGUGACAAGAGGCAUUACCACAGCACCAAUAUCCUCCUGUACGCCUUCCUAGAGAAGUCUACCAACUGUGCUUUUGCGAAACAGCUUUGUGCUUUAGAGAAACAGCUGUUGGUUUUGGAGCCAGACUUUCCAAGUGACGAUGACGGGGAGCUUCAGACAGAUGGCAACAGGUUUGGGAGGAUCCAGGAUGAGCAACCAGUGGAUGAAGACGUGUUUCGGGCUAUCGGAGCCCAGCUGGCUGCAAUUGGGGACAGGCUGGCUGCUGAAAUUGACCCUUCAUUCGCAAACAAUCUGGCACAGCAAUUCCUGGAAGACAGUGUGCCCAAAAAGGAGAUAACCAGGCACCUUUCUCAAGCGGUACAGGAGCUCAUGCGGAGGAUGCCUUCGGAUAUGGAGCAGGAGAGGGCCAUGUUGGUGGCAGCAAUGUUUUUGGCCAAACAUGUAGCAAACAAAGUGCCAGCUGUUCUACAGCAAGUAUUUCAUGUGACUGUGAAUUAUAUCAACCUCCACCUUGGUGAUUAUGUGAACAACUUGGAACAUGAGAUUUGAACGAAGGACCUUCCCCUUAGGUUUUUUACUUUUUGUUUUUUUUUAAUAUUCCCCAUCAACUGCUGCUUGUAGUUUUUAUAAAUAAUAGAAUUUAGUGGCUUCUCAUGCUUUAAUGUGCAUUACCUGGUUACCUUUUUCUACUUGAAAUACUUGCUCCUCUUCUGCGGUCAUCUCAGGAUGACAAUGAGACAUUGACUUUUUCUCAGGGUUGUAGUUUUGAGAGUCACAUCUUCAUGCAAAGAUGAAUUGAAGUUAAUAACAGAUUUGAAGGCAUGCUGUGUCAGAACAUUCAGGAAACUACUAAACCUGAACAAUGUGACCCAAUUGAACUGGAUAUACUUGAUUAUAACACCAGCUUUAAUUUGUCCGGUGGAGUAUGCUAGCAGAAGUGGAACUGUCAGCCCAGGUAAAGCACUAAUGUGUGUAAAGAUUUGUUCAUCGGAGGUAUAAAAGAGAAGCAGACUGCUGCAGCAGGAUUGCCAGCUUUGAAGAGGUUCUUCGUACCAGUUCAUCUUGCAGGCAGCUCUGAGAUGAGUCCUGUAACUACCUGACUGUUCCUUAGUGGCAGGAAGACUAUCAUCAGCAGCUCAAGUUGUUUCCUUAACUCUUAAGUUGCAAUUUCUCAAGUCUUAAAAGUUAAACGUGCCUGUUGCUUGCUUUUACUGAGUCCCUGCAGUUGUUGGAUAAUCCUGGGUUCUGCUUGGACUACAGAAUCAGGUAUUACUGUUCAUCUUUUAAAACUUCUUGAAGGGUAUUAUGAGUUUAUGGGGAAAAGAAGAGCUUAUCCUAUAUUUAGUCAGGCCAUCAAUUAGACCCAUCCCGUACGCAUCCAGUGAAUCUGGACUGGACCUGAAAACAAAAAAAGCUGUUGCAAAGCCUCAAUGAAAUGUUCAAAAAGAAAAAUAAUUCGACAGUUUCACAAUUAAGAGACAAUUGAGAAAAUAGAAUCUAUGGUAAUUGGGUAAUGAUUAAAAGCUGCAGUUUAAAGCUCUGUGUCAUUUAAUGUUUCAUCAAAUGCUUUCUUUUAUCAUUUUGAAAACCAGUGCAAGUACUAGAUAAACACUGAAAUGAAAGACAUCACAGUUGCCUACGUUUCCCCUCCCUCACCAAUUAACAUGUAAAUACAAGUCACAGGCCUGAAAAUACACAAAAAGGUACCUGUUUGAUUGCUUACCAUAUGUCCAUUUCCCCCUCCAUAAAGUACACUGCCUCAUAAACAGGCGGAAUUCUACAUUUCCAAUAUCCUUGUAUAAAACUCAAGAAAACGUGUUUAUUCACAGGAUGUAGAAUUCACACUGUGUAGGAGGGUAUGCAAUGAAGGGAUUUUUUUUUAACUGAGCAAGCAGAGUAAGCAAUCCAACGAAAAACCACAGGUUACUCAGAGUGGUUUAGCCCGUAAGCAACCCAGUGCUUUGUAUUCACAUGUCCAAAAACUACAACAUGGGUAAUCAGGUUGACUGAGAGCGAAUGAAAUAUGAACAGGAAGCCACAUGCUCAUUCACUUCUGCUUGUGCAUGGUAGACUGUGGGUUAAUUAACCCGGAGUUUGCUUCUGUAUGUGUAACUGACCCGGGACCUAAACCAGAGAAUUUAGAAAAUGCAAUUGGUGCUAGCUACGGUAGACCUAGUAUUCUCAAUGGCUUGGUUUCCAUACUACUUAUUCUAGAAAGGCUACUAUUUCACUGAAAAAGCAGCAGUGCUGUGUUUCAAGUUUCGCAAAAAACAUGGCCUUCAGUAGUUUGCUCAGCCAAUUUCCAUGGCUGAAUUGUACAAGCCUGGUGCUGCAUACAUGCAGGGAAAAAACUAGAAAGAGCACACUUUUCUCACUAUUAAAAAGUCAACACACUGUAUUUUCAAAAUUGGCUUUUAAUAAAAGUGCAACUGAGGCUAGGACCAUGUUCUUACAAGAGUCCCAUCAAUGGAGGGAAAAAUACACAUACUGUCCUUUGAUUUAUAAAGAGCUUGAGCUAAAAAUAACUCUUUAACACUGGAGCAGGAUUUUUGUUCAGUUCAUCAAAUGGCACAAGAGGCUUCAAUACAGCAUUACUAAAAGUACUAUACUUGCAUAAAGAAUGAUCUGGAUGAGUGCAUUUUCUUGAAUACUUGUUAAUCUGCUGCAGCAUGUCAUGUCACUAUUGAAUGAUUGAAAAGUUGCCUAUUGUUGCAAAUCUACUAAUUGCUUUUUGGAGAAUUUCACAAAACACUUAAACAUUGUCCUCUAAUGCAUAUUGAUUUGAGUAAAGUCCACUGGUUUUAUGUUUAUGACACGUAGGUGCAAAAUAUUAAAGAAGCAUUAAUACCA